UUGUACAUCCUCGUUUGGUAGCUUAUGAGUUCCGGACCAGAAACGACGCAACGCCUGUGAGAAUGUUGGAGGACCACGCUGCAGACCGGGUUGGGUCCGGGGCCCGGCCCCCGCAGCAGAAACCCUGCAUGAAACUGAAGAAGGAGAUCUCCCUGCUAAACGGCGUCAGCCUGAUCGUGGGAAACAUGAUCGGGUCCGGCAUCUUCGUGUCCCCGAAGGGCGUGCUGGUGCACAGCGCCUCCUACGGGCUGUCACUGGUCAUCUGGGCGGCCGGGGGUUUCUUCUCCGUCAUUGGGGCCAUGUGUUAUGCUGAGCUGGGCACCACCAUUACAAAAUCCGGCGCGAGCUACGCCUACAUCUUGGAGUCGUUCGGCGGCUUCGUAGCCUUCAUCCGCCUGUGGACGUCUCUGCUGAUCAUCGAGCCCACCAGCCAGGCCGUCAUCGCCAUCACCUUUGCCAACUACCUGGUCCAGCCCCUCUUCCCCACGUGCGAGCCACCCAGCUCUGCAUGCCGCCUCAUCGCCGCCGCCUGCAUCUGUCUUCUUACAUUCAUUAAUUCAGCGGAUGUGAAGUGGGGCACUCGAGUGCAGGAUAUCUUUACCUAUGCCAAGGUCCUAGUGCUGAUCGUGAUCAUCAUCACAGGCAUAGUCAAGCUGUGUCAAGGGUACACAGGGAGUUUUGAGGCAUCAUUCCAGGGCUCCACCCGUAACCCUGGUGAUAUCGCUCUGGCGCUUUAUGCCGCCCUCUUCUCCUACUCCGGGUGGGACACCCUCAACUUUGUCACCGAGGAAAUCAAAGACCCCGAGAGGAAUCUUCCACUGUCCAUUGCGAUCUCAAUGCCAAUCGUCACGAUCAUCUACAUCCUGACAAACGUGGCCUACUACACUGUGCUGGACAUGAGCGCCAUUCUGGCCAGCGAUGCUGUAGCAGUGACAUUUGCAGACCAUACUCUUGGCGUGAUGAGCUGGACCAUCCCUAUUGCCGUAGCUCUCUCCUGCUAUGGAGGCCUGAACGCAUCUAUCAUUGCUGCAUCUAGGUUGUUCUUUGUGGGCUCCCGGGAAGGACAACUGCCAGAUGCCCUGUCUAUGAUUCACGUGGAGCGGUUCACUCCUAUUCCUGCUCUCCUCUUCAAUUGUGCUAUGACCUUAGUCUACCUGACUGUGGAUGAUGUCUUCCAGCUGAUAAACUACUAUAGUUUCAGCUACUGGUGUUUUGUUGGGCUCUCCAUCGCCGGACAGAUCUACUUACGGUGGAAAGAACCGGAUCGUCCCAGACCUCUCAAACUGACACUGCUGUACCCCAUUGUGUUUUGUCUCUGCACCGUGUUCCUGGUGGCUGUGCCCCUCUACUGUGACACCGUCAGCUCUGUCAUAGGCAUCAGCAUUGCCCUCUCUGGGGUCCCGGUCUACUUCCUGGGGAUCCACCUUCCAGUAUCCAAGCGUCCGCUGUUCAUCAGCAACCUGCUAGGUUGGGUCAAUCAGCUCACCCAGUUCACCUGCUACUGUGUGCUGACUGAAAUGGACGUUGGUGACUAGGCCUGCUCGCCUGGAGUGUCUUCAUCUGUUACUCAUCCAUCGUCAUGGUUCACAGUCUCUUCGAGACUGCACUACACAUUUAUCUAAUCCUGACUCACUGCCUUCUGAACGCUACUGCUGUUCAACAUAUAAAGUGUACAGCAGGAAACAAAAAACACUGGGACAAGAAGGGGCAAUAAUAUAUGCAACAUAGAGGCUAUAACAUGGUGUGGCUCACCACAAAGCAAAUAACAUCCUGGCAUGCACCGGUUCAUGUACACUUAAUAAAGUGUUCACUGAGUGUAUAUAAACACUCACUGAACAGACCUGGUUACCUGUUUGUGGUUAGUGUUUUGGUGCAAGCUUUACUGACUAAGACAACUGAACUUGCUGGUGGUUCACAAGCAAUGAUGUCUAAGGUGAAGACAUCAUGAAGCUCCAAGGUAAAGACAUUGUCAGGUUAGGGCAACAUUGGCUGAAGCACUGUUUUACAGGAUCGUCUGUGCAUUAACCGAAAACGCAAGGUAAAACAGAUGAGUGCCUGCCCAUAGAUUUCAACCUGGCCAACAGCAGCUGCCUUCAUCAAUAAUAAUAAUUUGUUGUUUAGCUGAUGCUUUUAUCCAAAGCAACUUAAGAGUUUGUCAGUAGGGGACAAUCCCCCUGCAGCAAUGCGGGGUUAAGGGCCCAGCUCAAGGGUACAACAGCUGUACAGAUCUUAUUGUGGCUAUAACAGGGCUUAAACCACCAACCUUCCGGGUCCCAGACAUGUACCUUAGCCACUAGGCUAAAAUGGUGGUGUCUCAAAAGUGACUUUACAUUGGUGUUUCAUUUUCAGUUCACUGCCUGUAUAGUUACACUGGCACAAAAACUGUGUUUCCAAAGCCAUUUUCUAGAAAUGUAUAUUUGAAGGUUAUUUGGCCAGAAGGCCACAUGAUUUUAUGGUCUCCUUUGGCUCAUGAAGGCUGGUGCCAGAACACAUUUUACCUUUAGAAUUAUAAAGAGUCUCAAGUUUGCUGAUCCAAAUUUUGUUGGUUGUUUUUCUAUACAAACAUUAUUAUGGAAUACACUUCCUGGUGGUAUGUGUUUAAUAAAAAAUGUGAUAUCGGUAUCACGAACAGUGUUUGUAAGGUGUAAGGUUGAUUGAGCAAAUACAGGAAUUUAUUUGUCCUCUGUGUAUAGUUCCGCGUUCCUUUUCUCCCUCAUGUUAACAACAAAAUCAUGUUAGAAACAGCAUUCUACACUGAAUUUUUCUUCCUUUUUAGAUUCAUUUCACCCACUAAUCUCACAGUUUUGUUGUUGUCUGAAGCCCAGAGUUUUGAUCUUUCCCUAUAAAUUCAUGAGAAAAACAUAUUUAGAAAGCAAAGAAUGUAUGUAAAACAAGAAUUUUUUUAAUCUUUUUUUACAAAAUACACCUGUCCCAUGCUAGUGGCGUCAUUCC